AUGUUUCUACGUUAUAUCAGACUCCUCAUCAUCAUCUUCUUCAUAUUUACGGUAACAACGUUUAUCAUCAUCGUUCCCGUUAACGCAGCAUACAUUCCCAUUGUCAAUAAGGGCCUGGAUCGAAUUUCAUGGUCGAACAUCACCAAUCCGAACGAUCAAGCGCGUUUUGCAGCUCAUGUCAUUGUCGUAUACCUCCUUACUGCUGUUGUUGUCUACUUGAUUCGACGAGAGAUGCUGCAUUUUAUUCACAUGCGUCAGCAAUUUCUUGUUAGUAAAUCACAUUCCCGUCUUCCCCAGGCUCGCACUGUCCUUGUCACCGGGGUUCCUGACGAAUUAGCCAAUGAACGAGAUCUGCGUACAUUUGCCAGUUUUGUGCCCGGAGGAGUGGAUCGCAUUUGGCUGUAUCGCGACACUGGUUCCCUGAAUGAUGUUUUUGAACGACGCGUCGAUGCUUGUUCCAAACUAGAAGCAGCCGUAGCAGAGGUACUCAAGAGAGCCACACUCGCAUGGGGAGCAAAAAACAAACAAUAUAAAAAAUCCCAAUUUCGGAAGUUGAAGGACGCGGAGUGCACCGGAGAAGACGGCGAACUUGCUAUUCCAGAGGCAAAACAGGAACUGCUAGAUGAAUUGGUUCCUAUUGACGCGCGCCCAAAACAUAGAACAGGAUUGCUAGGAAUAUUUGGUCGUAAAGUAGACACUAUCCAAUGGUGCAAGGAAGAGAUUUCCAAGUUAAACAUAGACAUCAAGUCACGAAGGGAACAUAUUGUGGAAGGGAAAUUUCUAGGAAGUGCAUUCAUUAGAUGCAAUUUACAAAUGGGCGCCAACGUUCUUGCUCAGUGCUUGAGCUACCAUGAGCCUCUAAAAAUGGAGAAUAAAACAAUGGAGACACAUCCCAAGGAUAUUGUCUGGAGAAAUUUAGAUGAUGGUGCUCUUGAGAUGAAAUCCAGAUAUCUUGUGUCAUGGCUUGCUACAGCUGGUCUUAUCUUUGUCUGGGCCUUUCCUGUAACAUUCAUUGGUACUCUGAGCAACGUUUCGGAUUUAUGUGAGAAAGUGCACUGGGUACAAUGGGUCUGCAAAGCCCCUACUAUUGCAAGAGGCUUGAUAGAAGGCGUACUACCUCCUCUUCUUCUUGCCAUCCUUUUUGCAUUGCUCCCCUUCAUAUUGAAAGCUCUGGCUUGGUAUGAAUGCAUCCCAAGAUAUUCCCUCAUAUCAGUCAGCGUUUAUCGCCGCUUUUAUCUGUUUCUAUUGAUACAUGGCUUCUUGAUCGUUACUUUGACCUCCGGAAUCACGAAUGCCGUUGAAGCGAUUAUCAAAAAUCCUACUGAAACGGUUCAAGAGCUGUCCAGCAGAUUACCUGGGGCAUCAGUCUUUUUCUUAACUUACAUGGUAACUCAGGGUCUAGCUGGUGCUGGAAGCGCGCUUGUUCAAUUGGCUCCAUUGGCAUUACAUUAUCUACGGAAGUGGUUUCUAGGACGUACACCACGUCAGGCGUAUGAAGUGACAUUCAAAAUGCCAUCUGCUGACUUUGGUACUCUGCUUCCACGUUUGUCACUUUUGGCGACGAUUACAUUCGCCUACAGCGUUUUAUCACCUUUGAUUAAUUUACUGGCGCUCAUAACGUAUUGGAUGUUUUACUUGGCAUGGAAGUUCUUGUUGACACAGGUCUUUGAUCAGCCAGACGAAAAGGAAACGGGAGGUCUGUAUUUCCCGAUGGCGGUGAAUAACCUAUUCGUCGGAUUGUACAUUGAACAGAUCUGUUUGGCCUGCCUUCUCUUUCUCAAAGUAUCUUCAGCCGGAGUGACAGCCUUGGUCGAAGCUAUUUUCAUGCUCAUACUUUUGGUCAUAACUGCUUGCGCCCAUGCAUUCAUUUCGAAUAGUUUCCGUCCAUUGGGUCAAUUUCUUCCAAUGUCUCUUGCGACCAAGAAAAUGGCUAGCAGAUACAGGAGAAGGGCAGAAAAAAAGGGGAUUACACUGGACGACAAUAGUGACAAUGAAAUGGAUCUUUUCAGAAGGGAUCGCAUUCGUAGUGUACGUCGCCGAAUAAAAGCGACGACGAAAAAGCUGGAUGGAAAGCUGGAUCAAUUAAAGGCCAAAGUUCAAAGACCGAGCACAGACAGUCACCAAACAGAAGAACAUAAGGAUGUGUCUCUCCAUGAUACGGUAGUGGCUGAGACCCCUGCGAACAUCAAUGAAAACAACAAUGGGUCACAGAAAUUGUCCCGAAAGAAUUCCUCAACUUCCAGAGAGGAGAGGAAGUCAUCACCGUCACUCAAGUUACCGACUUUCGAUGCGCCUGCGCCUGCGGUCAAGGAUUCUGAUACAUCUGAGGAUGAAGAUGACGACAACGAGCAUGCAUUCGAUCAUCCAUCCACAUAUGUUGAUCAAGUGUGGAUCUGGAUACCAAAGGACAUCCUUGGCUUGAGCGAUUUCUUGGUGAAGGACCUGAGAGAAGCGGGAAUCGAAGCCAGUGACGUUGGUGCAAACAUGGAUGCUGAAGGCGUCGUGGAAGUAACGCGGAAUCCUCCAGACGAAGAUUGGAGUGGCGGUCAUGAUCUGUAG